AUGGCUUUUCUGUUCAAAUCCAAGAAGCACCAGCACCAGGAUCGGGGUCUCACGAGCCGCGAUGGAUCGCAGGGCUCCGGCUCAGGGAUAGGGGGUGCGGCGGCGCGUGUGAGGGAAGAGAAGGGAUCUCGAUCCACGCCGACCGGUAGUGUCAAUUCCGCAGAGAAUGACGGCAGCAUGGGCAGCCCAGACCAGGCCUACGCCCGUACACGAGGCCAGAGCCUAGACCAGCAACAGCAGACGCCACCCCAGAUGCAGCAGCAGCUACCUCCAGGCGAACCGCCGCUUCGCAAUGUUGCGCCUCCGCAAAUGAACCCAAACCUGAACGCCUCUCUGUACCCGUGGUCGCAGCGGCGGCUUACUUACACCUCGUCACACCCAAGCCCGUUCCCCAGAUACGGCGCCGCAGUCAACUCGGUUUCGUCCAAGGAGGGCGAUAUCUAUGUGAUGGGCGGCUUGAUUAACAGCUCAACAGUGAAGGGCGACCUGUGGCUCAUCGAAGCCGGCGCAAACAUGGCCUGCUACCCCCUCGCAACCACAGCCGAGGGGCCGGGGCCGAGGGUUGGCCAUGCGAGCUUACUCGUAGGGAACGCUUUCAUCGUGUUUGGCGGAGACACCAAAAUAGAGGAGACCGACGUCCUUGACGAGACCCUGUACCUGUUGAACACAUCAACGAGGCAAUGGUCAAGAGCCUUGCCCCCAGGGCCGCGCCCUAGUGGUCGAUACGGCCAUUCACUGAAUAUUUUGGGCUCCAAGAUUUACAUCUUUGGUGGUCAGGUCGAGGGGUACUUUAUGAAUGACCUCGCGGCCUUUGACUUGAACCAGCUGCAGAUGCCCAACAAUCGCUGGGAAAUGCUCAUUGCCAGCAGCGACAGUGGGAGUAUGCCACUGGUUAAGAUACCUGCGGCGAGAACGAAUCAUUCCAUGAUAACCUUUAACGAUAAGCUAUACCUGUUCGGAGGCACGAACGGUUUCCAGUGGUUUAAUGAUGUCUGGUGCUAUGACCCCAUGACAAACUCCUGGUCACAGUUGGAUUGCAUUGGCUACAUCCCGUCACCUCGAGAGGGCCAUGCCGCGGCUCUGGUCGACGACGUCAUGUACAUCUUCGGCGGCCGCACGCAAGAUGGUGCGGACCUUGGCGAUUUGGCCGCAUUUCGCAUCACCUCCCGCCGUUGGUAUACCUUCCAAAACAUGGGGCCGUCGCCCUCACCUAGAUCUGGCCAUAGCAUGACCGCGGUCGGCAGGACCAUUGUCGUCGUCGGAGGAGAACCGAGUUCCGCCGCUACCGCAGUUAACGACUUGGCGCUUGUGUACUGCUUGGAUACAACUAAGAUCCGAUACCCGAACGAUUCCGGCGCCACCCGGGGUGCACAGGGAACCAGAAGACCCAGCGAUGUUACAGCGCCGGGUGCUGUCCGGAGCACGCCCUCACGCGAGGGAUCCAACGGUCCACCAGAUGGUAGGAGGCAGACAGGAGUCUCCAAUGCCAUGGGCUACAAGUCUCCAACCGGCGAAGUCAGCCCAACGAAUGGACCCUUGAACGGCCCCUUGAAUGGACCCCUGAAUGGCUCUUCCCGGCUUCCCCGGUCUGCAGGGCCGCCGCCGCAAGGGCAACCCCCAAAGCCCGGCCUUACUGCCGCUCCUCCACGCCCAAGAACCUCCUCCUUAGAACGGCCCGACCAGCCCCUCAUCUCCCCGGUGACAUCACCAGUUUCGCAGCAGGUUUCCGCCGUUAAGGAGGGUGAGAGCCUUACCGCAAACGGGAGGCGUACUCCUCCCAAUCAGAACCCACCACGCUCCUCGUCGAGGCAAGCUGAAGUGCAAGCAGCUGAUGCUCCGAGGCCUAAGCCGACCAAACACGGGCGGAGUCAAGGAUCUGUUGACAGCUCAACUGAACCAGCUAUCAGGCAGGUAGCAAACCGACCGGCAUCUCCUCCACCGCCGACCCGACAAGCUAGCAACCCUCUGUCCAGGAGAUCGUCAACCAGAAACUCACAAACUGUUGCGCUGCUUAAGGAGCUCGAUUCCGCAAGGAACCGCAAUGCGUGGUAUGCAUCCGAGCUAGAACUGGCUCGGAAAGCUGGCUACGUGCCAAAUGCGUCGAUGAGCCCGAUCCUCGACAGCCGAGCUAUGGAUACCUUCGAUGACGAUGACAAACCGCUCAUCGAAGCGUUGCUUGCCAUGCGGACCGAACUGGCCAAUGUACAGGCGUCCGUCGACAAGCAAGCAGUUCUCGCCGCCAAGCAGAUCGCCGAGGCCGAGAAGCAACGAGAUGCUGCUAUUCAGGAGGCGGUCUACGCCAAGGCAAAGCUUGCGGCGCGCAUAGGGGGAAGUGCGGCUAGCACGCCGCAGCUCGACAGUGAGAAGGAUGUGGACGAUCGUGCCAGUGAGAUUGGCAGAAAGCUGGCGCAUGCGCUCAACACCCAGAAAGAACUCCAGGAUCAGCUAGACCGCCUCAGCACCGAGUACGAGGCGGAGAGGAAGGCACGCAAGUUGGCCGAGGAUACGGCUAAUGCGGCGCAAAAUAGAAUGACGGACCUGGAAAACUACAAGCAGCAGAACGCAUCCGAGCUCGAGAGACUUAAGGCUGAAUUGCACAUGGCGCAGCGGGAAGCUAGGGAACAGUCGGUCGUCGCCGCGGAAGCCGUCGCCAAAGCGGAAAUGCUCAGAGUCGAAAGGGAUGAGCUCGAGCACAAAUACGAUGAGGUCGUCGGGAGUUCCAAGGAACAUGCGGGUACAUUUGAGUCCUUGCGCGGGGCCGUGGCCGCUUCUGCCGAGACCAAGGCUUUGCUGGAGCGGAAAUUGGACGAGGAGAGGUCUCUCAGGGUGGCAGUAGAAACGAAGCUUAACAAGCUCAAGGCCGAACACGAAGCCCGAAUCGCGGAGCUUGUUGCUGCUACACAGCGCUUGCGGGAUGCAGAGGAGCUGGCGGAACAGCAUGCCAACGAGGCCCGGCUGCAUCGCGAAGCGGUGAUGGCUGGUCUGGAGAAGCUAUCCUUGAGGGAUGCCUCGAAGUCGGACAAGGGCGACAAUGAACGGAUCCGUGCUCUUCAGGGCCAGGUUGACACUGCGAAUGCCUUGGUUCGGAAGUACCAACAGGAAGCAGACAGCGCGGCUGACAGGUUACGCGGUGCCGAGGAGCGCAUCGCUGGACUGGAGGUAUACCAAGAACAGGCAAGCCGUGAGGGUGUUUCGAUCCGUCGACAACUACAGCACGCUCUCCGCGAGACGCAGUCUCUGCAAGCCGCCAACUCAGAUCUCAGGCAGCAGUUGUCCAAGCAACAACUCGAGACCAACGCCAUGCUUGUGCAGUACAACGCUUUGAAAGAUAUCCUCGGUGAGCGCGGCAUCUCCCCAACGACGGCCGCUCGAUCACGCACCAGCCCUCGUGAGGGCUCUCCCGAGCAACUGCGUCUACGUGAGCUUGAACAGCAGCUCCUUGCCGCACAGGCGUCCCUCGAAGAAACCAAAAACCAGGCUGCGAUGCAAGCGCAGGAGUCCGAAGCAACGUACCGCGACAAGCUCGCGCAGCUCGAGAACGAUUAUCAGUCGGCCGUGCACUACGUCAAGGGCACUGAAAAGAUGCUGAAGCAGCUCAAGGACCAGCUAGCGCGCUAUAAGACCGAGAACACCCGCUUGAAGGAGCAGUUGGUCGAGUUGGAGGAGAAGUUCGAGACCCAAGGCUCGUCAUCCCAGAGCACGCAACCGCCCCCAGAUUGGGAGACACAGCAAAAGACCAUGCAGAGCGAGAUCGAGAGGCUCCAGUCCGAACUGAGCGGAACCGCCUCCAAGCUUGAGCAACACAUCCAGUCCAUCCGCCAAGAACUCGCCGACGCGCAGCGCGAACGUGAUUCGGCUCUGCAGACGACAGAGGAAGCCCGGCGACGCCUGGAGACCUCGAAGCGGGACCUGGAACAGCUCCAGCAAGAAAACGCCCUCCUCGAACGCCGCGCUCAAGACGCCGAGCACAAGGUCAGCACGCUACUCGACCAGGUCGAUUUCUCACUCGACAACUACCGCCGCCGCAGCAGGCAGAUGAUUACGAACCCUGAGUCUGCCGGCCUCGCCAGCCCUGGGCAUGGGAGCGGCGCCACCAACGGCAACACUAUCCACCGCCACGUGCAAGGGCACGCGCGCCAGGAGUCCACCGCCAGCGAAGCCGAGAGUCUGUACGGCUCCACGCCCACCGCCGGCGGCGCGGGUGUGAUCGGCGCAAGUGGCUUGGGCGAUGCGCGCAACAGUGCCGCGCUGGAUAAUCUUGCCAACGAGCUCGAGACGCUGCGCAGUCACUGGGAGGCGACCAACAAGAACUAUCGGCUGAGCAAUGCCUUUGAUUUCGAUACCAGCCCCGUGACGGCGCCCGCGACGGCCAAAAAGGACGAGAGCGUCGGCUUGGGGUUGAGUGAGAGCUUGGCGGAUUGGAGGAAAAGGUUGGAUGAGAGCCAACCGGAUAGUGCUAGUGGGAGGUAA